CCCCCGAGCGGCCAAUCACCGACGGGGCUCGAAUCGCCUCCGUCCAAUCAGAGCCGAGACGGAGGCUCGCUGUGGGCGGGGCCCCGGCGGCUCUGAGAGGCAGACGCUGAGGCGGUUCAGGAGAGUCGGACUGUUGGGCUCCAAAUGCCACUCGUUGCGCGUGCUGAUAAUUUGGAGAGGUGCAUGCAGCGCACGGCCCGCUCGCCUUUCCAGGUGCAAAUCCACGAGGAGCUGGGAGCAGUUCUCUGAACUGGGACGGGCUGAACCCAGUUCAGGACAGGUGAAAUUCCCAGCAGGCUGCAUUUAAGGCCACAGGAUCGAUCCAGGUGCAAAGGAAGGGCUGGCUGUCCGCUCGGGUGAUUCACUGCAGCGGCUACCUGAAGAUCCGUCAGUACAGUCUGGACAUGUCGCCGUUCGAGGGCUGCUACCAGAACGUGGGCCUGGUGGCUGUGGGUCACUCUCUGCCUCCCAGCGCCGUGACGGAGAUCAAACUGCACAGCAACAUGUUCAUGUUCAGGGCCAGCCUGGACAUGAAGCUCAUCUUCCUGGACUCAAGGGUGGCUGAGCUGACCGGCUACGAGCCCCAGGAUCUCAUAGAGAAGACGUUGUACCAUCAUGUCCACAGCUGUGAUAUCUUCCACCUCCGCUGUGCUCAUCACCUCCUGCUGGUAAAAGGCCAAGUCACCACCAAGUAUUACCGCUUCCUGGCCAAGCACGGUGGCUGGGUGUGGGUCCAGAGUUACGCCACCAUCGUCCACAACAGUCGAUCUUCUAGACCUCACUGUAUCGUCAGCGUCAACUACGUCCUCACGGACACUGAGUAUAAGGGAAUGCAACUAUCUUUGGACCAAAUGAGCCCCACCAAACCAGCUUUUCCAUAUGCUGACAGCCACAACGAAGACAGGAAGAGCUCCAAGACUCGUCUGACCCCGUCAAAGGCUAAAGCCAGAGUGUCGCCUUAUCCACAGCAAUUUUCAGCUUUCAAUCCAGAUCGCUCAGAAUCGGACCAAGACAGCCAGUGGGGAGGCAGCCCCCUGACCGACUCGGCCUCUCCGCAGUUGUUGGAUCCCAGCGAGGCAGCUGAAGCAUCCUGUGCCUACAGAAUCUACCCAGACUCGGGCUCCCUGUGCAACGGUCUGGGUUUAUCCGAAGAGGAUCUCGCCCGCGCCCAAACCCGUCCUCACUCCACCACCUGCGAUCGCGUCCGGUGCCAAAGCGGCCGCUAUUUUCUGGGAACGCCUCAGUCGGGCAGGGAGAUGUGGUGGGACACCACACGCUCUGUGCUCUCACUCCCAAAAUUCUCGGCGGAGAGCAGCGAGGGCUAUGAAAUCACAUCCUACCACGGCGCCAUUCACGGACGGGGCCACUGGGAUGACGACAGCGUCGUCAGCUCACCUGACGGGGGCGGAUCCACCAGCGAUUCCGGCGAGCGUUACCACGGCGAGCAGUUCCAAGCGAGCCCCCGAGAGCCGAGCAAGAUGGAGACCCUGAUCCGAGCCACUCAGCAGAUGAUUAAAGAGGAGGAGAGCCGUUUGCAGCAACAAAAGGUUCUUUUGGACGUCUCUGGACUCAGCAAAACUCACAGUCCAUGUUUCUCCUCCUCCCUACCCCACCACUCCCAGAUCCCCAUGUCCAGCGUCGUGUGCCGGGGUCCGGGGGCCCCGAGCAUUGACCUCUCCUACGAGCGCCUCCACCACAGGGACGGCGUCAAAGCGCUCGGACCUCAUGACAAUGACGAAAACACGACUAGUCCUGCGUCUCUGUCUCGCCUCAGCAGCCCCGGCUCCGAUGGAAUCCCCAGAUCGGGUAUUCCCCUCACCAAAGACUACAUCCCAACGGAUCUGUCCCCCCACCCCUCCCAGUCCCAGGCAAGUCCGCUCCUCUAUCCAGUCCAGGAAAGGCAGCCGCUGGACAGGCAAGCAGCCUACGCCUUGGCCGGGUAUUCCCUGGAGCACCUCUACGACCCGGAGAACUUGCGAAGCUACUCGGGCCUGGCGUGUGGAGGGGUUCAGUACGACGUGGCUUCUCACGUCAGGAUGCAGGCUGAGCAGAUCCAGGGACACAAGGCCACCUCAGUCAUCAUAACCAACGGCAGCUGACGAUAUCUGGUSCAGAUAGGACAUGUUGUCUAAACACGGAUGCUGGAGUUGGUGGUGAUGCAGGAGCAGGUGUUUGAAACUAAAACUGACAACAGGAGUCGAGGCACCUGUGUUGGACUGAUGGUGGUCCGUUGAACUCGACUUUUAAAGACCGGGCCUCCUUUCUUUAUUCUCAGAGGAUGUUAUUUCAAAAGGAACUAGUGUUUAGGAACAAUAAUUUGAUAUGCCACCUGACGAGGUUUGCUCCAUAACAGGAAAAAGCUGUACUUUAUUAGUGGUGUA